UUAGGGUAUCCACAUUUAGGUUAGCGCGCGCGAGGGAGAAGGCGAGGCGCCGGAUCGACGACGCGAUGUCGGGAUACAGCACCAUUGGAGGCGAUGUCUCGGGCUCCGUGCCGGCAGCCGCUGGAGCAGAUCACGUAGCUCUGCAAUUCCAAGACUCGAAUUUACAGACUUUUCCACCUACAGAUGCGCGAGGGAAGCUGACAGGUUCGUCCAAACCGCCUCGUGACGCCGAUGAUACCUUCUCGCGUCCAGCAGAGCCAGAGCAAUUCGGCUGGCAUGGCUACUUCAAUCUCCUCUCUUACAGACCAUACUUCAACGUGGACACCUCGGACGUCGUCCAAAGAGUGGGGGAUAGCUUGGUUCCUUUCAAGGGAGAUUUCGUCGAGAAGACGGCCACAAAUCCUGAUAUGUACGGGCCGUUUUGGAUCUGCACGACUUUGAUCUUUGUCACGGCAGCUCUGGGGAACUUUGCAGCCUACCUGGCUCACAAGACAAGCUCGGCUGGUGACACGCACUGGCACUACGACAUAAACAAAGUCAGCUGGUCCGCGGGACUCUUCUAUGGCUACGUUGGACUUCUCCCGCUCGGCUUGUAUUUCGUGCUCAAGUACCUGGGAGUUGCAACGGGGCUCGUCCAGCUGUGGUGUCUAUACGGCUACUCGCUUUUCAUUUUCAUUCCUACCUCGUUCUUGUCGGUCGUUCCCGUAGAGAAAUUCAAGUGGGCCGUGGUAGCAGCCGCGGCUGGACUUUCGGCGACCUUCCUGGCCUUGAACCUCCGCACGCACAUAAAAACGGCAAGCGAGAGAUGGUUUCUGAUCGUUUGCGGUUGCUUCGUUUUGCAGCUUGGCUUGGGACUUCUGAUGAAGCUGUAUUUCUUCACUGUCCAGUUCUCUUAACUCCUCUGUAAGGGAAAUAUUCACUGUAGCAACGGAGAUACGUUUUCUUUUUUCGCACACGGCAGUCUUUUACUCUCCAGUCGGCGUGGUACUGCCACGAGCUUGCAUGCCGGGCGAGGCAGUAAUAUAAAAAGCAAGGCAGCAGCAAUGCAAGGAAGGACGGGUAGCGCGAUUAAAAAUGCUGAGUGUUAUAAUCUUCGCGGCCGUAGCAUGCUCCAGAUAAGUAUUAAGUCCCAUUCUUUUCUUUUCACUGUUUUUUUCAUUCCUUUGUUUGCUGUUGCAUCUGGCCAGAAUUUGUGUUCUUUCCUUUUGGCUUGUCUCUUCCUGGCUUGAGUCCACUGCGCUCUUGUUGUUUAGUUUCAAUAAUUCGCGCAUCGCAGGGGCAGUGUAAUGCUUGCGGUCGGAAUUAUUGUGUUGUUGUGAGAUCAUGUUUCAUGAUGGAUUGUUAUUGGCUUUGUCUGUUGGAGAUUUCACCCGGGAAGAAAAAACAAAAAAACAGGAGCUUCACGUUUCAUGGUUUCGUAAUCUCUUGUAGACGUUUUGCUUGACCCUCAUCUUUUCUACUUAAGUUCGGUCCAAACGUACGUAUCCUAGUGAUCGAUUACGUAUGCAUGUACAAAACUGUCUGCCAACUUCAGCUUUCCUUCAUAUGGAUCACAGGUUUAUAGUUUGUAUCUUUUCAUCGCUUUCCUUUUUUCAUUCUUUUUGGUUGUUUGCUCUGUUUUGUUGCUGCUGCCGCUGCUGCUGCUGCUGCUGCUGCUGCUGCUGCAUCUGGAUGUGUUGUUGUUUCGUUCCGCUUGUAUUGGAGUCCGUUGCUUGGUUGCCGUUGUUUUUAUUUCCUUGUCUCGGAUGGCUAUAAUAAUUCGAACACACUCAAUAAUGCAGAAUCAUUGUGUAAGUUCAUGUCUAAAGUUUGGUUGAUGAAUAGGCGAUUUCUUUUUGCGA